AUGGGAUGCGAUGAACCCGUGGCGGAGGUCCCCAAGGCCAUGGACACCAAACUUGUCGGCCGCAUCACAGAUCCGCAGGUGAUCUCGAACAAGAGGAAGGACACACCCGAGGUUGGGUACGAUAGGUGCCUGUACAAUACGGCAGAAAUAGUACUAGUUUGCGCUUACAUUUCAGAGGUAACGAGGUUAUUGCUGGAGUCAUUGGAGCAGAUAGGAGUACGGAACAGCCCACUCAUCCCGUCCAGGUCCAGGGCCGGGUCCGCCGUGCGCCUCCUGCCGGGCUGGCCGUGUGGUCUUUUGGAGGAGAUCACAGUGGCCAUCGGGCCUCACCGGGUACCGCCCUCCUUGCCGCCAGAAGCUUCUAGUGGUCCGCAGCCCCAGUCUCGCCUAGCCCCGCAUCCAGGCCCACAUUCCCCCGACUUCGGAGCAGGCACAGGCGAGGGAAAAGACUCAUCAGGGGUGAGCGGCCACCGCAGCAGCACCAGUCCACUGUCGCUGCCAGGGCCUCCGGAGGAUCUCCAGCUCUGCGAUUGCCUCCUCGGCUGGGAGCUGUGGCCCGCCGCCUGGCGCCUGGCUGCGUUCAUCGCAUCGGACUCGGGCGCCAAGCUCAUGCGUCACGCUGAGGCAGUCGUGGAGCUAGGUGCAGGCCUAGGCCUGCCGGGCAUCAUUGCUGCCAAGGUGGGUGCCAAGAACGUGACGCUCACUGAUCUGCCACAGGCGCUGCCGCUGCUGGCGGCUAAUGUAGAGCUCAAUGCCGUUGAUGGCGCCUGCCGAACAGCCGUGCUGGAUUGGUCCCAGCUUGCCGUCAUGGGUGGCAGUUGUGCCGUGACAGAGACGCACGGCGCUGUGGUUCCGGAGCCAGAAUUACGAAGCCGGAAGAUCUCCAUUGGGCAGCCAUGUCGACAGCAGGCGAUCAGGCCAUCUGAGGGAGGGGAGCCCGGAGGCGGCCGCAGGGCCACGGAACACGUUGGAGCGUACGACGUAGUCCUCGCCGCCGAUGUCGUGUACGUAUGUUCACUAGUGCCGCUGCUGGCGGACACAAUCGCGGCCGUUUGCUGUGGUGAUGGCGCCGUGGCGCUGGUAGGGCAUACCAUUCGCAAGUCGGUAUGGCUGGAUCGGGCAACCGGCAAAGUGUGCACCGAUGCUUCAGAUGAACCGUGGGAAGCCUUCGUGAAGAGAAUGACAGAGCUGCACGGCUUCAGCUGUGAACGAAUCCGGGACGAGGCGACCACCUCGGACGAGGGUGUGCGAGCCGUGAUGCCGCCUGACACGUUCAUCUACGCAUUUACACGGCACUGA